AUGCGGAAGACUUCUCAAGAUGGCGGUGAUGCAACGUCCAUAACAAGUAGCAUAGAAAAUGAAAUUAAGAAAUCAGCCGCUGGAAUUGUUAAAAUGAAACGAAAUUCCAUCAAAAGAAAAGUACAGAAUUUUAGUAACGAAUCCGAUGAUGGUGUAGGUGAACCUCUUUUACAAAAAGAGAAAGUUGAGACUUUAAGUCAAAGUGCCAAGUUUUUAUUAUCAAAAACAAAGACUGAUAUAAAAAAUGAAAAAUUGAAUGAUAAACAAAAGUCUGGUGAUAAUAUGAUAGCGUCAACAAAAGCUAUGUUUUAUAGUGUGACAGAAAGUUCUACAAGUGGCGCGAAAGAUAAUUCCACUUGUUUUAAUUCUAGAAACGUUGUUGAAACUAGUACUGUUCACAACCAUAUGAAUACCAACGUAUUCAAUAAUUCAGAUGGAGCAAAAAAUGAUAGUAUUCCAAAAUCGCAUAUUUUAGUAGAAAUUGAUAGCAAUAAAUCAAGCGCCUAUAAUCCAGGACCUUUGAUUUUUACAACAGCAAAAAUUCAUACAGAUGGCACAAAUAAGCACAUGGAACCUUUGCAGGUGACACCGGUACCUAUAUUGUCUACUGUAGAAGGAAGCAUUAUUAAAACAAGUCCUGUAAGAGAUGUUGAAGACAAACUGGUAAAAAAUUAUAACAUAUUAAGUAGUGAUAUUCAAAAGUCAGACACAGCGCUCACUACAAUUUUGGGAAAUAAUUUUAAAGGAGUACAAAUUCCUGUUGAUAAUAAUACUAUUGCACCCAUCUUACAUGAAGUGUCAACUAACAGAAUACAGGAAAACGAUGUUAUGAAUCCACCAGUGUUGAAUAAAACCAGUGCAAUUGAUAAAUCAAAACUACCAAUUAAAAAGUCAGAAAAUAAAUUAGACGACGCUAAAUCUUCUAUCUUAACUGGUGCAACAGUAAGCAAGGAGAUAAAAGCUGCACCUGCUGAGAAACAAAUAUCAACAUCAGAUGGAACUAGUUCUUCCACUUCAUUAAAAAUGGAUAUGAAUAAAAAUUUUGAAACUAGCUCUAAAUGUUCAGAUAUUAAAAAAGUACCUGAAACUGAUUGUUAUACUUCAGUUUCAAAAGAUAAAAGUGCUAAAGUUAGUAGUUCUUUUGGUAAUAAGCAAUUACAACGACAAACAACUUUGCGAGAUACAGAAGAAUUGGUAAAGACAACAAGUUCUAUGAAUUCACAAUCCACAAAAAUGCCAAAUGUAAUAGUCAAAACAAAUGUCAACACAGCUAAAGAAAAAUCUACUUUAAAUCUUACUUCACAACCUAUUUUUACUGUUACUACUACAUCCAUAUCUACGCCAAUAACAUCGGUGACAAAGUUAACUUCAGCUUCUAGUUCACCUAGUACUAAUAAAACGGAAUACGUCUUGCCAUGUGUUCCAAAACAUAUCCCAAUAACUACAGUAACAACUUUAAAUACAACACCUGCAAGCAAUACAAAAUUGAAAAAUUCAAUUGCUGCUCCAUCAAAUACUGUAAGUAUAAUGUCAACUGAAGUAAAACUUGCAAAUAAAUUGGAACACAAAAAAUCUACGGCUAGUAAUGGGAAGUUAAAUAAUACUUCUUCGAUAAAAUCGGGUGUCGCAAAAAUAUCCAAUGCACAAGGUGGAAGGAACUCUACAAUACCUAUAACGUCUUCGAAGCCUUUUGAUGUGUCCAUAGGAACAACGAAAAAAAUUUUAGAAUCACACCCAAAAGAUGUAGCAAAAGCUAGAGUAAGUACAAAUUCCACAUUAUCCGACAAAUCGGCAGCAAAAGUAAAGCGUACAGAAGCAGUAACUGCUGAUAUUGAAUCGAGUAUGUUAACAAAAAAAUCAAAAGAAAUACCAUCUGUAACAUCAUCUAAUAAAUCAUAUAGUACCGAUUCAAAACCUAUUGCUACCGAAACGUGUCCAAGUACAGUUACUAAAGAGUAUUCAGCCAUAACAAUAGUCCCAUCUACUGGAAGUACAAGUAAAGUUCAUAAAGUAUUAACUCCAUGUAAUAUAAGCGGCGUUGAUACAACAAAACCAACAACAUCAUGUUCUACUAAAUCGUCGAUUAAAAUACCCGAAUCGACUAAAGGAACCGUAGCUGCUAGUGUUUCAACACAGGCAAAAAGCAAUAAUUUAAAAUCUGAUUCUACAAAUAUAACGCCAAAAACAACGGAGUUGUCAUCAUCCACGAAAACAAGUAAUACUUCUGUAUGUUCAAUUACGAGUGUAACAGGUGCCAAAUCUCCAACAACAACACCUUUACCAGCUCCUCCGAAACCAUCCGUAACACAUAAUCAAAAUCAGUUAGAGCGUAGUGAAUCUAAAAAGGAAAAAUUAAAAUAG